AAUGAAUCCCACUUUCACGGUUCAAAAAUCUUCUACGGCUGUUGCUUGCUAUAACUAGCAUCAACCACAACUACUUUCUUCGGUUCAGCUUCCGUUCUUUCGCUUACGCAAAACGGCGCCGUUUUGGCCAAGCUCUCCAGCGACCGGAAAAUGGUGGAGCCGGUGGAGCUUCGCGGCGAGGAGCAGCUCUCGCUGCUGUCGGAUUCGAGCAAUGGCGACCGGUCGUGGCGGCUGAACUUCGACGGGUUUCAGCUUUCUUCGAAGCACACGGAGAAGCAAGUGAAACCCCCUCGCGGACUCCAUGACUGUUAUGGCGUUCUAGGUCAAGAAGAUAAUAUUGCGGAGUACUAUCAGCAGCAGGUUGAAGUGCUCGAGGGCUUUACUGAAAUGGAUGCCUUAGCAGAGCGUGGUUUUAUUCCUGGAAUGUCAAAGGAGGAGCGAGACAAGUUAGCAAGGAGUGAGACGUUUGCCAUCAGAUUGUCAAACUUCGCAAACAUGGUUCUUUUUGUUGCCAAAGUUUAUGCAUCAAUCAAAAGUGGUUCCCUAGCCAUCAUUGCAUCCACUUUAGACUCACUUCUUGACCUCCUUUCUGGAUUCAUCCUAUGGUUCACUGCAUUUUCCAUGCAAACACCAAACCCAUAUCAGUACCCUAUAGGGAAGAAACGUAUGCAACCAUUGGGAAUUCUUGUUUUUGCCUCUGUUAUGGCUACACUGGGACUGCAAAUAAUCUUGGAAUCUGUCCGCACAUUAAUAUCAUCUGAAAAUGCAUUCAACUUGACCAGGGAACAAGAGCGUUGGGUCGUGGGUAUUAUGCUUUCAGUGACUUUGGUGAAAUUCCUGCUGAUGGUUUAUUGCCGCUCUUUUACUAAUGAGAUUAUCAAAGCCUAUGCCCAGGAUCACUUUUUUGAUGUGAUCACUAAUGUCAUCGGCCUUAUUGCUGCACUUUUGGCAAAUUAUGUUGAUGAUUGGAUGGAUCCUGUUGGUGCUAUCAUUCUGGCUUUGUAUACCAUUCGCACAUGGUCGAUGACAGUGUUGGAAAAUGUGAAUUCCCUGGUUGGAAGAUCGGCAGCACCAGAGUAUCUUCAGAAACUUACAUACCUAUGCUGGAACCACCACAAGGCUGUGAGGCACAUUGAUACCGUUCGGGCAUACACAUUUGGGUCUCACUACUUUGUUGAGGUUGAUAUUGUCCUGCCAGCAGAUAUGCCCUUACAAGAGGCUCAUGAUAUUGGGGAAUCAUUGCAAGAGAAGCUUGAACUUUUGCCAGAGAUUGAGCGUGCUUUUGUUCAUCUUGAUUACGAGUACAGUCACAAACCUGAGCAUGCUCAAGCACACACUUAGCAGCAGUAAGGAAAAACAAUGCCUUCUUGCUUUCUUCAUUUGCACUUUCAUAACUCGUCAGUUGUAAAUGUGAACCAUUUCUGAAUGUUGAGAAUCUGAACUUAGUGCAAGUCACUGAGAAGUUGCUAGCUAUAUUCGUCCGCCCCUAGCUUCAAUUCCAACUUUCUGGCAUCCUACGAAUAUUUUAAAUGUAUAUCACUAUCACAAUAGGCUUAUCAGGCAAGACCCUCCAGGCUCCAUUUGGGAGAAGUAGAAUCUUGUUGUUACCCUUUCCAGUUGUAUUAUUUGUUUUUGUACAGUGCACUAUUUCUACCUUAAUUAAGGAUUUAAGGUGUUGUGUGCUGGUUUUGUUGUUUCUAACAUGUGCAAAUAUAAUUUCUUUUUAUAAGAUCCA